AAUUGAUGGUGCUCCCUCUCUCUCUCUCUCUCUCCAAAGGAAAUUAAAAAAGUCAGAAUUUCAAAUUAUGUCCAACGGCUAAGUUUUCCUCUCUUUCCCUCUCCUUGUCUCUUCUCCUCCUCUCUCGCCUCCUUGCCCAAACCCAACUCUCUCCCUCUUCGUCUCUCACAACGCGCAGCUCCUCUCUUUUUCUCCCCACAGUUGCUACGAAGUGCAGGCAAUGAAGCACUUCAUGCUACCAAGAAGCGCGAUCUUGAGGGAAAAUGAGCCGUCAUCUUCUGCAACAUCCUCACCAAACCCUAAUUCUGCCAAGUCAAAGCCACCUAGGAAGCAUAAAUCCGCCAAAGAGAAUGCUCCGCCUUCAGAUCUGAACUCCUUGCCGUCCGACCAGAAGCAGUCGCCGGUCACCAAGAUGAAAAGUCCCUUGCCGCCGCGGCCUCCGUCCUCCAACCCUCUGAAGCGCAAGCUCAGCAUGGAGACCGUCCUCGAAAAUUCCGUGUCCCGGGUUUCAGACUCCGGUGUCAAGGUAGUAGUACGGAUGCGGCCACCCAACAAAGAUGAGGAAGGGGACAUGAUAGUUCACAAACUUAACAGUGAUUCUUUGACAUUCAACGGACAGUCCUUCACAUUUGACUCAGUUGCUGACAUGGAGGCAACACAGCUAGAUAUUUUUGAGCUUGUAGGAGCCCCUCUGGUUGAAAAUUGUCUAGCUGGCUUCAACAGUUCUGUAUUUGCCUAUGGACAGACUGGCAGUGGCAAAACUUAUACUAUAUGGGGCCCAGCCAAUGCCUUGUUAGAAGAAAACUUUUUUAGUGAUCAACAAGGCUUAACUCCUCGUGUCUUUGAACGACUCUUUGCACGAAUAAACGAGGAACAAAUUAAGCAUGCAGAAAAGCAACUCAAAUAUCAAUGUCGCUGCUCGUUUCUCGAGAUUUACAAUGAACAAAUAACAGAUUUAGUGGAUCCCAAUCAAAGGAACCUUCAGAUAAGAGAAGAUGUGAAGUCUGGUGUCUAUGUUGAAAAUCUUACGGAGGAAUAUGUAUCCACAAUGAAGGAUGUGACUCAGCUUUUAAUUAAGGGUUUAUCAAACAGAAGGACUGGGGCAACCAGUAUAAAUGCAGAGAGUUCUCGCUCACACAGUGUAUUCACUUGUAUUGUUGAAUCUCGUUGCAAGAGUGUGACAGAUGGCAUAAGCAGCUUUAAAACAAGCAGAAUAAAUCUGGUUGAUCUUGCUGGUUCAGAAAGACAGAAAUUAACUGGUGCUGCAGGGGAGCGCUUAAAGGAAGCAGGGAAUAUCAAUAGAUCACUCUCACAGCUUGGGAAUUUGAUAAACAUUCUUGCUGAAGUUUCCCAAACAGGAAAGCAAAGGCAUAUUCCCUAUAGAGACUCAAAGUUGACGUUUCUACUGCAGGACUCCCUGGGUGGAAAUGCAAAGUUAGCAAUGGUUUGUGCUAUUUCUCCUUCCCAGAGUUGUAGGAGCGAAACCUUCAGUACCUUGCGAUUUGCCCAGCGUGCCAAGGCAGUCAAGAAUAAAGCAGUUGUUAAUGAAGUAAUGCAGGAUGAUGUGAAUUUCUUGCGUGAAGUGAUACGUCAACUAAGGGAUGAACUACAACGAAUGAAAGCAAGUGGCAAUAACACAACCGAGUCAAAUGGUGCUUAUUCAACUGCAUGGAAUGCCCGUAGAAGUUUGAAUCUGUUAAGAAGUUUUGGUCUUAAUCAUCCACGGACAUUACCUCAUGUAGACGAUGAUGGUGAUGAGGAGAUGGAAAUUGAUGAGGAAGCAGUUGAGAAGCUCUGUAUUCAAGUUGGUCUCAGAUCACCAGAUGGAGGGAAGAACACAAGAGACUCAACCAAAGUAGAAGUUGUGAAAUCAACAUCACUACUUGCAGUCACCGAUGAUGAAUGUUGUGGUGUCCUUCAGCCUAAAUCAUCUGAAAGUGGAAACAUAAAUGGAGGGGGUUCUGGGGAUACUGAUGUUAAUAUGGAAUUAGAUACAUCUGAACAUGUUGAGAAUCAUGAACUCAUGAUCCUUGAUAAUGUCAGAACUGUUAUUAGCACCCAGGACUUGUCUAAUCCUGAUUCAGUUCUUGCAACUGUUGAUUCUAUCAAUGUGGAGUCCUCAUCAGGGCCUUCUGAAGAGAAGACUCUCGAUUCCUCUGCCAGUGAAUUUUUAAGGGAAAAGUCACAUAGCAAAGUGAUUCAAGAUUUACGGAGCCAGUUACAAUAUUAUAUAGAUGCUUCGUCUGUAUCAGCUCGAAAACGAAAUUCUCUACUGAAGUUGACUUAUUCGGCGGACCCGACUUUGGCUCCACCUCUAGGUGCGAUUCCAGAGUCAACUGAUGAAAGUGCUGAAGAGAAAUUUGAACAUGAGAGAAUUCGUUGGACUGAAGCAGAGAGCAAAUGGAUUUCUCUUGCCGAAGAAUUGAGAACUGAACUCGAAGCCACCAGGGAACUUGCUGAAAAGCAGAAGCAUGAACUAGAUACCGAAAAGAAAUGUGCAGAAGAGUUGAAGGAAGCAAUGCAGAUGGCUAUGGAGGGUCAUGCACGCAUGCUUGAACAGUAUGCAGACCUGGAGGAGAAACAUAUUCAAUUGCUUGCAAGACAUAGAAAGAUCCAAGAAGGAAUAGAUGAUGUUAAGAAAGCAGCCGCUAAAGCAGGAGUGCGUGGUGCGGAAUCUAGAUUCAUAAAUGCUCUUGCAGCAGAAAUCUCAGCGCUUAAAGUGGAAAGGGAAAAAGAGAGGCGAUAUCUUAGGGAUGAGAAUAAAGGGCUUCAAUCUCAGUUGAGAGAUACAGCUGAAGCUGUACAGGCUGCAGGCGAGUUGCUUGUUAGGCUCAAAGAAGCAGAAGAAGCAUUAGCUGCUGCCCAGAAACGAGCUAUGGAUGCAGAGCAAGAAACUGUGAAAGCUUAUAAGCAGAUUGACAAAUUGAAAAGCCAACAUGAAAAUGAAGUUAACACUCUCAAACAGUUCUAUGCAGAGUCUCGUUUACCCAAAGAUGCAAUACAUUCUGCUUGUACAAAUUAUGAUGUGGCGAAAUAUGAUGUGGAGGAGACUCACAACAGUCCAGGUGAUCAACGGUGGAAAGAGGAAUUUGAGCCAUUUUAUAAUGAAGAUUGUGAAUUAUCAAAGCUCACAGAACCCUCUUCAUGGUUCUCUGGGUAUGAUCGAUGCAACAUAUAGGGUAAAACUAGUAAUUGAAAUUACAUAAUGUAUGUAUUACUAAGUUUCUUUCAUAUUGUCCAAAAUCCUAGCCAGGUUCAACUUGCCAUUGGCGUGCCAGCAUCUUUCCUAUCAGCCGAGGACCAAACACACCUUGGUCUUCCUCCCCUUAUUGUGCCCUGUAUUGAAUUCAGAUUGUUGCAUAAGAGUUGAAUGAUUAUAUUCUUUUUAACUCACCCACUCUUUGAACACCUCUCAUUUGGUUAUUGUCCUACUUGCUUUCGAAAGUAUUAGAUGUUUUCUUUCAGCCAUAUUCGUUAUAGGAGAGAGGAACGCCCAGGGGCUUGUAUACGUGUAUACCCUCCCUGACACUUAGAGAUCCUGGACCUGGUAUGUAUUUCUCUGUCCAUAUUUACUCCCAUACUUUGAAAAUUGUGGUGCAGAGAGGAGGAAAAAGUGAGUAG